GGGAGCCUGCGAUGUCCGCUCCCAGGAAUGGCUUCUACCGCCAGGAGGUCACCAAGACCGUCUGGGAAGUGAGGGAGCGCUACCGGGAGCUGCAGGCGGUGGGCUCCGGAGCCUACGGCGCGGUCUGUUCAGCCAUUGACCAGAAAAGUGAAAGCAAAGUGGCCAUCAAGAAGUUGUACCGCCCAUUUCAAUCAGAACUUUUUGCCAAACGAGCCUAUCGGGAACUGCGGCUUCUGAACCACAUGAAGCAUGAAAAUGUAAUUGGGCUUCUAGAUGUCUUCACACCAGAUCCUUCACUGGAUAAAUUUAAUGACUUCUACCUUGUUAUGCCAUUUAUGGGAACAGACUUGAGUAAAAUAAUGAAGCAUGAGAAACUAACUGAAGAUAGGAUCCAGUUCCUGGUCUAUCAGAUGUUAAAGGGCCUAAAGUACAUCCAUUCAUCUGGCAUAAUUCAUAGGGAUUUAAAACCUGGAAACCUAGCAGUCAAUGAAGACUGUGAGUUGAAGAUUCUAGAUUUUGGGCUGGCAAGACACACAGAUAGUGAGAUGACAGGCUAUGUGGUUACUAGGUGGUAUCGAGCCCCAGAAGUUAUACUUAAUUGGAUGCAUUAUACACAAACAGUGGACAUUUGGUCAGUGGGGUGUAUAAUGGCUGAAAUGGUAACAGGAAGGCCCCUUUUCAAGGGCAAUGAUCAUCUGGACCAGCUCACAGAAAUUAUGAAAGUUACAGGCACACCAACUCAGGAUUUUGUUCAGAAACUACAAAGCCAAGAUGCAAAAAAUUAUAUCAAAAGCCUUCCACAAGUACAGAAAAAAGAUUUUGCUGCCAUUUUGAAAAAUGCAAAUCCUUUAGCUGUAAACCUUUUGGAAAAGAUGCUGGUGUUAGAUCCAGAGAAGAGAAUAGCAGCAAGUGAAGCUUUGGCACACCCUUAUUUUGAAACCAUUCAUGAUCCUGAAGAGGAAAACGAAGCAGAGAAAUAUGACGACACUUUUGACAACAUGGAUCUGCCCCUGGAUCAAUGGAAAUGUAUCACAUAUAAAGAAGUUCUAAACUUUAAGCCUCUGCAAUUGCCUGAGUCAAAAGAAACGGUAGUAUAACUCCAAUUGUAUGUUUGCUUAAAAACUGAGUGAAGAAAAGAGAGUGCCAGUGUUUUAUUUAUGUAUGUGUGUAUAUAUGUAUAUGUAUAUAAUUGUACAAAUCUUUUAUAAAUAAACUAGAUGUGAUCUGUUUUAAUACGAAUUUUGAGGCUGUUGAGCUCAACCUUUUAUAUCAUAAAUUGCAGCAGUCCCUCUGUGAAGGAACCUGAGUCUCAUUAGAAUAGAAACAAAACAUUCUUUUUCCCAAAGAAGGAUAUUCAUAUGUUUACUGGCAUUCUAUUGUGAUAUUUUUCAUGGUAUGUUUCAAUUAGUUAACAUACACUGAGUCCAUGCACACUGGUUGAGAACCACUGUUACUUGUAUUUUGAAUAUUUGCUUGGAAGCUAGUGCCUUUAUAAAUGAGAUUGUAUGACUGUGUGGCUAUUUCAUUCUGCCCCAUGACCAUCUCUGGGAACAAUUCUGCAGUCCCUUCUCUUCUUCCAGAUGCACAAGAUUUCCUGUAGUUUAUAGGUUUCCUAUGUGUUCAUAAUUUCUGGUACUGUGUUGUUUUUUUUAAUUUCCAUUCAAAAAAGACACCAAUCUUCUGUGUUGUGUGCUCAUGCGAAAUCAGAAAAUACUCAUAAUGCACAUACGGAGCAUCAGUUUCUUAGAGUCACAGCUUAGAAUGUAGAUCCUAUGAACGUGGGAACUUUAUGGUCAAGAGUUCCUGUGUAUGAGAUGGACCAAAGUUCCUCAACCAGCUCUUUGUACAGAGGUGAUCUGAAGCAUUAUAAUCUAUUUGCCAGACAACUAUUGAACAUCUUAUUCUAGAGAUUUUUAUUUUUCCACAAUAGGACUUUACAUACUUAAUUUCAGUGAAAAACAUGGUGGUCAGUUUUAUUUAAUCAGUUCUAAAGAGAAGUAUAUGACAAGUGACAAAAGGCAUAAAAAUGUUUCCUUUAGCAUUCUUACGUUGAAAUGAGAGUGUAGAGGGGGGUGUUGGUGUGUUUAUAACCAUACAUAAACACUGAAAAUCAGAGGAGAUGACACUUCGAUUGAGUCACACUCUCUAGUUCAGUACUUCCUGUUGUCACUGGCAAUGGUAAUCCAAGGGCCUAACCUAGUAAUACUUCCUAGCUGUGUUGCCUGAAAUCUAAUAAAACUGCCAGUAAUUAAAACAGGGACUUUUUACACGCAAAAUACACAAUCUCCUUGUUUCCUGUCAUGCCUGUGUGCUGAAUUUUAUCUAAAUUCCCUGCUCUUUUUGCAUAUUUGUUUUUCUACACGGGGCUCUUUCAGUGAAAAAAAUCUAGAAUCCAAAACUUGACCUUCUGUAAUUCUGAAUAUGCUUCUUUUUUUAAAAAAAAAGUAUGAAAAAUGGUUAACGAAAAAUGUAAUAAUUGCUGAAAUAAUCCAUCUCUCUGGUGAAAAUAAGACUUCAUAAGAUAUGACUAUUGACUUGGAAAAAAUAGCAUGCCAUUCCUUUUAUUUACCAAUUCAGACGGUGCUGAGAAACUCAGGAAUAAAAAAACAAUAUCUGUUUCCUUUUAAAAUUAAAUGUAAAUAUGACCAUGUUGUAGAUUAAAUGUAUUGUAAAAAUUAAAUUGUUUGCAAUGCUUUUUUUUUGUCUGUAUCUAACU